AUGUCAUUAUUUUUUUCGACAUUUCGCAACACUCUUACGGACGUUUCUAUUCCCCUUCUUCCUUAUGUAUACCUUUCACAAGUUUCUUAUGCAAAAGCACUUGAUCUACAAAAACUCUUGGUUCGACGUCGACUUGAAAAUAAAAAUUCUUCAGAUUUGCUUUUAUUACUGCAACAUCCUCCAACUUAUACAACUGGAAGAAGAAAUAUGGGAAAAACCAUGAAUGAAGAAGCAGCUUAUUUAAAGAAUUUAGGUGCUCAAUAUUUUGAAACAUUACGCGGCGGUCAAACAACCUUUCAUGGACCUGGUCAAUUAGUUGGUUAUCCAAUUUUGGAUUUAAGAAAUUUUAAGCUUUCUGUACGAUGUUAUGUUGCAACCAUCGAGCGCGUAAUUAUCAAUACAUGUGCUGCAUACGGCGUUGCCACAUCUGCUACUAAAAAUACUGGCGUUUGGGCUGGAGACGAUAAGAUUUGUGCAAUUGGAAUUCAAGUACAACGUUUUGUCACCUCUCAUGGAUUUGCACUUAAUUGUAACACCGACCUUAACUGGUUUGAUCAUAUUACACCUUGUGGACUUAAAGAUAAAAAAAUGACAUCUCUAACUAAGGAGUUUAAUAAACAAGGAAGGAAAACGACCAUCACUGUUGAGCAAAUCAUUCCAACUUUGUGCCAACAUUUUGGUUAUGUUUUUG